AUGCCGUUAGCGCAGCGGCCAGCCGCCGGCGGCACCGGCACCCCCGCGCCUGCUCGCGGCGCCGCCGAACGGCAGCAGCCCUCGCCCUUUACUGCUGCAGCGCCGGGGCAGGCAGGAGAUGGCGGCGAUCCGCGGCCGUUCGACAGCAACAAGCAGAUGCGGCUGAGCGCUGACGGCGCCGGCACGAAGCCGGUUGCGGCGAGGCAGAAGGGGCGCCCACGUUUGCGCUCCAGCAAGCCGCCACCCGGCGCCAGCACGGCCGCGCACGGGGUGGUUGACUUGACAAUGGAGGAUGAGGAUGAGCAGCAGCAGCAGCAGCAGCAGCAGCAGCAGGAAGACACAAGACGCGGCGAGGCCCCCGCUGCCCCUGGGAUGCAAACAAUCAGCGCCAAGGGGCACCAGGCGGGCCAGCAGCUGGAGGCGGGGCAGCAGCAGCACCACCACCAGCAGCAGCAGCAGCAGGAUGACGAGAAGAAGGAGGGGGUGCAGAAGGAAAGAAAGAAAAGGAAGAAAGCGGCCAAGGCGCCGAUGGAAGGUGGCGGCGCUGCGUCUGCGGCUGCCAGCCCACGCAGCCACGCCAUUGCAACAGAGCUCAGCCCGCCCAGCCGCGGCGCCGCCCCUGCCUCUGAUGCAGCCGCAGCCUUGUCUGGGGCGGCACCCGCAGCGGCAGGGCGCCAGACGGGGUCUUCUGGCGGGGUCGGCGGCAGUGGGCAGCAGGGGGAACGGCAGAAGAAGCGAAUCAGGAGCAUCACGGUCUGGGCGGCUGACGUUGCAGGACAGCAGCAAGGGAAGGGCAAGGAGCAGCAGGAGCAGGCUCAGGGAAAGCAGCAACAGCAGCAGGAGCAGCAGCAGGAGCAGCAGCAGCAGCAGCCCAAGGAAGACCCUACGGCAGAGGAGCAGCAGCCACCAGCCGCUGCCGCCGCUGCAGCGGGCGGAAGCGCUGCUGCCGGGCAGGAGCAGCAGGCGCAGCCGCAGGCGUCGCACGUCAGCCAGCUAGCCGGCGGUGGGCCGCAGCAGGCGCCGUCGUCUGGCGGCCGGCGAGCGGCACAGGGCGGUACCUCCUUGCAGCGCCUGGCCAGAAGGGUACUGGCAGGACCGAUAGGCGCAUCCAAAUCGACAGCAGCUGCUGCAGCCAAGAGCCCAGCGGCCACCGAGCCUGUCACUGCUCCAGGUAGCCUCAGCUCGGAUGCGGCGGCGGCAGCAGCGGCAGCAGCAGGCGGGGCCGGCACGGCCGCUGCGCUCGCCGCACCAUCCGCAGCUGCAGCAGGCGCGGCAGAGCAGGCAGGCACUGAGGCAGCCUCUGCAGUACCGGCCGGAACGAUGCCUGCCCAGCAGGCGGGGCCGGAGGAGGCUGAGAGGCAGGCGGGGCGGGAGGCCGACGUUGCGGCUGCCACCUUGGCGCCAGCGCAGGGAGCGCUGGCAGCGGCGGGUGCAGCUGCCUGGGCCGCGGCGGCCGGUGGAGGGAUUGCCAGCCUGACGCCCGAUGCUCUGCGCAGCAUGCCGCCUGCCGACCUGCUGCGCAGCAUGCAAGCCGACCUGCCGGCCGUAGAGGCCGCGCUGCAGGCAGCCGGCGGCUGCGGGGAUGGCGGCGCCACGCCGGGCGCGCUGUGGCUGGCCGCGCUGCGGCGCCUGCUGCAGCACCAGGUAGAGCUGCAGGCAGAGGUGCAGCGCCUGCGCGGGCUUCUGAGCGGCGUGCGAGGGACGGCCGGCGACGUCGCGGCCUCCCUGCAAACAGCGCUGGAGCAGUACCAGGAGCAGCAGCGCCAGAUGGCGGCGCAGCGGGCACAGACGGAGCAGCAGCGGAGGGGCUACGAGGCCGCCCUUGCGCAGCUGGCGGCGGCGCAGCGGGAGCAGCGGGAGCUCGAGCGGGAGCGGGAUGCCCUGCAGGUGCUGCAGGGCUGGUGCCUGGCUGGGGAGAGCGAAGUGGGCAGCCUGCGGGCGGAGAAGGAGGCGCGGCAGCAGCGGGGGGCCGGGGCCGGGGCUCGCGACGAGGCCGCGCCUGCCUCUGCCGCUCACGCAGCGCAGCCGCUCAGCCUACAGGAGCGCCUGGAUGUGGAGAGGGAGGGCUUGCAGGCCCGGCUGGCGGGGACUGAGCAGGCGGCGGCGGAACUGCGGGCCAGCUUACGGCAGCAGCAGGAGGCGCUGCAGCUGCAGGAGGCGGCCACGGCGCGGGCCGCGCAGGCGGCGCGGGCAGCUCGGUCCGAGGUGCAACAGCUGCAGAACGGAAAGGCUGCGGCCGAGGCGGCGGCUGCGGAGCUGCGGGGUGGAAAGGAGGCGGCUGAGGCGGCGGCUGCGGAGCUGCGGGGUGGAAAGGAGGCGGCAGAGGCUGCGGCAGCAGAGCUGCGGGGUGGAAAGGAGGCGGCCAAGGCGGCAGCGGCCGAGCUGCGCCAGCGCGUGGCGGCGCUGGAAGCACAGUUGGCAGCAGCACAGGGCUGCGGCCAGGGCGGCAGCAGCAGCCGUCCCGCUUCCGGCGCGGGUGCGGCCCCGGCGCCGGUGACGGCGCCGCCGCCGGCGUGCCCCAGCAGCAGCCGGCUGACGGAUGGCGCGGCGGCGGCCACGGCCGGGACGGCAGGCUGUGACCGGGCGGGCUUCAGCCUGCGGCAGGGGCGCAGCGAUGAUCCUGCGCAGCUGAGGCAGAAGCUGACGGCACAGCGGGAGUACACAGACAGGCUGAAGCAGAAGCUGGGGGAGGCCGAGCGGCACGCCAGGGAGGCCGAGGCGCGGGAGAGGAGCAGCCUGCGGCAGUGCAAGGAGGCGCGGCGGGACUGCGAGGAUCUGAAGAAAGAAGCGGAGCGGCUGCGGCGGGAUGCAGACUCCCGGCGCCGCAGGCUGGCGGAAGAGGAGGAGGAGGUGAAGAAGCUCAAGGCACGACUGCGGCGGGUGGAGGAGAAGCUGGAGGCCGCCGACAGCGGCCUGGCUGCGGCACGGCAGGAGGCCAGCAGGCACGCGGCCGCGCUGGAAGCGGCGCAGGCGGCUUCCGCCGCUGCAGCGGCCGACGCGGCGCGCCGGCAGGCUGCCCACGCCGCUGGUGGCACAGGGGCGAAUCCGCUGCUGGGCCUUCCUCCGGACGUGCCUCCGGCGCUGGUGGGGGCCUGGUUUGAGGACUUUGUGCUGCAUGAUGAGCGUGUCCCAGCCCAGGUGCGUGCGCUGGCGGAGGUCCACUCCUCGCUGCGCGCCAAGGAAGUGGCCUUGGGCCUGCCGCCCAAGAAGCACCUCCUGCAGCGCCUGAAUCUGGCACCCGAGAAAUGGGGCGACGUAGAGGAAGUCAACCGCCUGAUCCUGAAGCGAGACGCCGAAGUGGCCACCUGCACGGAAUGCCGCGUCGCCUGCGCCUGCCCCCAGUGCGGCAAGCCGGCGCCCGACCCCCACAAGCAUCGCACCGCCUUCCAGUGCCAGCACGUGCUGUGGACCACGAUGGUGACGCAGCAGGGGCAGCAGGCACAGCAGCCACAGCAGCAAGGGCAGCAGCCUGCGGCCCAGCAGCAGGCCCAGCCCAGGUGGAUCCAGCGGAAGCGCUGA